CGUCCGUCAUCUAUCUGCUGCGUUUCUGUAGAGUAUCUAUAGUUUGGCGUCCGUUCAAAAUCAUUAUCUGAAAUUCAGAACGAACUCCAUUUCCACAGUUCUCUUGGGACUGGGGAACCCAGUAGCAUAUCUUAGCGGGAAGGAAGACAUUUUUCUCGCUGGAUGGACGCUCUCGCUGUCUCAGGAUUCGCCUGUUUCGCCAACUGCCCCAAUUCUCUGCUUCCCAAUUCGUUACAUCCAGUGCCUUAUCCUCCCAAGCCGCUUCUGAAGAAGAACCCACGACUAGCUUCGGUUUUGAAAGCCAGCUACAGCCCAGUGAGUGAACUUGCAGAGGACGAUGUUCUGCAAAUGUUUCUGGAGGAAAGAGCGGUUAGCGGAGACUUAAUAUCAAAAGUUUGUGACAUGUUCUGGCAGAGAGAUAUUGUAAAACUUGCUGAUGCUGAUGCCAGUAAAUUUGUUGACACUACGCUGGAACUAGAGCAGGUUACAGAAGAUGACGACAAUGAUGGAUUUUUGAAACUGUCUGGAACCCGGGAAUGGAUAUUAGGAGCUAGCGAUGCACCAGUGAACAAGAAAGCCAUAGCUAAGGCUCUGCAGGACGACAGAGAAAGAAGAAAAAAACUGAACUUUCUUAAAUACGAAGCUCUCAAAAGAGAACUGAUGUUUCUAUCAAUUGGAAUUGGCACAGCGUGUUGUGGAUAUUGUUUAGUAACUUUAUCACUUCAGGCUGCUAUAAGUUAUGCAGUUGGAGUGCUUUUCAGUUUGCUAUACUUUCAGCUCUUGUGCCAGCAUUCAGACAACCUUUCAAGGGAAAUGAUCCCUUCAAUUUUCAUGCAAAAGAAGGCAAAGAAAAUUGGGAUAAGAAGUGAGGACCUCACAGAUUCAUUCGAGAAGACAAUAAGGGGAAGCGGCAUUGCACUUUCAUCUCCACGACUCGUGAUUCCAGCUGCAGUGUAUGGUCUUUGGGUCCUGUGUCAUCACUAUAUCGCCAUUGACUUAUUCGAUUUCCAGAUCGUCCCAGCCAUGUUCGGGAUGUUUGUGUACAAAGCUGCAGCUCUGGUUCAAGUGUAUAGAGAUAACGAAGACCUCCAACUUAUCUUCCCGGAAGAUUGAAGUUACUCUUGAUCCAAGUAAAUGUAUGCCACCAUUUGCUCAUCCUAUAGGCGACUCUUCGUGCAAAAAUCACUAUCUGCUGUUGGUUGUGGCUGUGAACAUCUGCUGUUUUGCUUUGUUUUGUUCUUGCUCUCUCUUUUUUCAGACAAAAAGGAAAGAAGGCCUCUCUACAACAAGAAACAAACAAGAAAAGAACUGGCAUAACAAAGUGGACGACGGUGGUCCUUGGAGAACCUAGGCCAGUAAUAGUAAAUAUCUAUGCGGAAUUAGUUGGAAACCCCUUCAUCACUGGUUGAGUUUGUGAAUCAAUUUGCAGCCUCUUCUGGUUUCAGUGAAGAUAGUAGAGACUAUAUAGUGUGUAUUCUACUGGUCUUUGUUUGCAUUAUAAUAGUUUCCCCCUAUCAUAUGAAAAUGUCAGAUAAUUAUGACGAUUUUAACUCGCGAUAAUGUCAUAUCAGACUAUUAUCGUGUUUAAAGACCGUGAUAAUGUCACUUCCAUUCAUA